AUGCCCCCGCCUCGGUUGAAUUUCUCCUGCCCAUUCCCGCAUUGCGAACAGGCAUGUCGCAACCAGAGUGGCCUCACCAGACAUAUCAACGCGAAGCACCGGGAGAUCACGCCGGUCAACGAUGAGGCCGAGGAUCCAGCCAAGUCGACUUUCCUCUAUCACAGGCACCUUACUGGACAUUAUUUGCCUUCCAACACGCCGCCGGAACCGCCGCCACCACCGCCGCCUGUUCCAGCCGACGUGACGGAUGAUGACGCAUGGAAUCCCUUCCAUUCGCGUGCUGAGUUCGACUUCGCGCACUGGCACUUCGUCACCAAUCAAAGCUCUGCUGGAGGAAUCAACAAGAACCUCGAUAUUCUUACUGCCACGCUUUUACCCACCAGUGGCCGUACAUUCCCGUGGAAGAACGCUCAAGAUGUAUACGACUCCAUCGACUCUAUUCAAGCGAGCUCCACCCCAUUUCGGUCCAUCAAGAUGCGCUACACUGGCCCUCUCCCUCCUGGAACACCACCGAAGUGGAUGACGGAGACGUACGAGAUGUUCGUGCGAGACUCGCGGCUUCUCCUUCAUCAGCAGCUUGCUAGUGAGCAGUUCCGCGAUGCGCUCACGCCGCGGCCAUACCUGCAGUUCGAUCGCGAUGGCAAGCGCGUCUUCUCGAACUUCAUGUCUGGUGAUUGGGCAUUCAAGCAGGCCGACAUCAUCGCGCAUGACGAGAACACUCAUGGGGCCAUGUUUGUGCCCGUUAUAGGCGGAAGCGACAAGACAACUGUCUCGGUCGCAACGGGACACCAGGAGUACCAUCCUGUGUACCAGUCACCCGGAUGUAUCACGAACAACGCGCGUCGUGCGCGCGGAGAUGAGGUCGUUCGAUGUGCCGACGGAUACUACCGACGCGUUGUCUACGGCCUUGGGCCAUACAUCGCUGACUAUCCCGAGCAAGUCUGGUUGUCUGGCAUAGUGCAGGGGUGGUGUCCUAAAUGUGACGCUGAGCCAGAUGACCUUGACUCGGAAAAUGCUCGACGACGGACCCACGAGAAGACUGACUUCUUGAUCAGUGUAUUUGAUCCAGGCAUUCUCUGGUCUGACUUUGGAGUACGAGUAGAUGUUGUGCCCUUCACGCACGAGUUUCCCCGAGCGGACAUCCACGAACUCCUGUCCCCCGACCUUCUGCAUCAAGUCAUUAAGGGAACGUUCAAAGAUCAUCUCGUUACAUGGAUCGGCGAGUACCUCAACGUGACGUACGGGGCUGCGCGAGCAAAGGAGAUAUUGGAUGAUAUUGACCGUCGACUCUCAGCCGUACCAUCGUUCCCGGGCCUUCGUCGCUUUCCCGAAGGACGCGACUUCGCGCAGUGGACUGGAGAUGACUCGAAGGCGCUCAUGCGGGUAUACCUGGCCGCAAUCGCGGGGCAUGUGCCAUCGGACAUGGUGAAGUGCUUUGCUGCCUUCCUGGACUUCUGUUAUAUCGCACGACGCAACGCUAUCACUGCUCCCAUGAUCGACGACCUCCGUGGGGCUCUUCGGCGCUUCCAUCACCACCGCCAGGUCUUCAUUGAGACUGGUGUACGUCCCGACGGCAUCUCUCUUCCUCGUCAACACGCCCUUAAGCAUUACAUUGACUCGAUUGUCCUCUUUGGCUCACCAAAUGGACUCUGCUCUUCGAUCACGGAGUCGAAGCAUAUCAAGGCCGUCAAGGAGCCGUGGCGCCGCUCGAGUCGGAACAUGGCAGCUCUGCGGCAGAUGCUUCUGACGAACGUCCGCCUCGACAAAAUGCAAGCAGCGCAACUAUCGUUCGAGAAGCGCGGUAUGCUACAGGGCACAGCGACGUCAUUUACAGCCGACAUGCUGGCGGGGCGCCCGAUCGUCAUGGCCGAGGAGGAUAUGGAGGAGGAGGAGGAGGACGAAGGACCGCCGCUUGGCCCACGCGCGCUGUCGUCGGUGGAUCUAGCAGCCACAAGACAAGCUUACACGGACACAGAGCGCGAUUAUCCUCGCUAUGUGCAGGAACUCAGUCAACACAUCUCGAAGCCACAACUCCCCCUCCUCUUGCGCCAAUUCCUCUACUCCCAGCUACACCCCGACUGCGAAUCCAUUACGGAAAUCCCCCCGCACGAUCUCCCCUACAUCACAACGAAGAUCGAUGUUUUCCAUUCUGCGGUGGCACGCUUCUACGCACCGAGCGACCUUUGCGGAGCGGGAGGCAUGCGCCGCGAGCGCAUCCGCUCAACCCCCAGCUGGUAUGGCUGUCCACGCCGAGACACCGUCCUCAUCAAUGUUGGAGGCGACCCGUCCGUAAUGAAAGACGCCGUCGACAACGAGACAGGCAUGUGGAUAGUAGAGCCCGAAUACCUACACGACGGCAGCCCUAGUUUGGAGGUCAUACAUCUCGAGACCAUUGCGCGGGGAGUUCAUUUGAUAGGUAUCGGCAACAAGGAGCUCUUGGAGAAGCAUGGCAUCCAGACGGUCGUCGACCUGCCUGGUGUCGGUGAAAACUUACGCAAGCAUGACUGGAAAGACCUAUGUUAUCGGCUGUUUACUUUCGCUCAGGAGCACAUCUACGUCCCGACCGCUUUUGAGCUCAAGGAGGGGCUCGAGUCUUGGGACGAGCUUCAGAAUCCACAACGCCUUGAGGAAGAGAUCAAGAAGUACUACUCCGAGAAGAGGGGUAUGCUAACUACGCUUCCGUACUCAUACGGGUACAUACCCUGGCAAGCUGUCACGUCCGAGGCCGAGGUUCGCGCAGCUGUCGACGAGGCAUUGAAGGACAGCGGUGAGGCUUUCCCGUCCGUCGCCAAAACGUGGGCUCUGCAGCGCGAUCUCCUCGACAAUCCGGCGGUCGCCGCGCUUGAGUGA